AUGCCCGCUGAACAGCAUGCGGGAAAGGCCGACGAGAAGGAUGAAGCUACGAAAGAGCCCGAAUCGCCCACAGCAUUGAAGCGCAUCAGGAGCAAGGACUCUGGGAAGGCAAAGAUUGAUGAGCCUCAGGCCGAGCCAUCAGUGGCAGACGAGUUCGGGCUGGCACCGCGACCACCACGAAGGCGGAAUCACAGUUUGGAGCAGUUGGACAGUCCAGAGCAGAUCAAGAGGCAGGUCAUAGAGGAGACCGGAGGCGAGCUUGAGCUGGUCAAGGAAGAACAGAAAGAUGAAGGUCAAGGCGAUGCAGAGCAAGCCUCGAAAGGAGCAAAGGGGGCAGGGCAGAAGACCGCUGGGAACCCCACGACGCCUAGACAGAGUAUAGAAGGUCCUCCACUAGAGAAAAGCCGGACAGGAAGCGAUUCCAAGUCUGUUGCAAGUCCAUCGAGUCCCACGGCCGUGAAAGGGAAGCAUGUCAAGCAGCCAUCUACCAGCACAAUUGGAGAGUUCUCGCACCAACAGACAGUUCCUCGAGAAGCGACCGUAGAGGAGAAGAAUGACGACGAGGAUAAUUGGCAGGAAAUGCCAGCAUUUGCGACGCACCGGAUAUACGACGACUGGGGCAAGGUGCUGGCGAAAGAGUACGAUGAAGCAGACGAUGAGACUGUCGCAUACGGAACCCUUGGAGGCGCGGGCAAAGGCUAUACACGUGUGCAGAUGGACGAAGACGCCAAGAGUGCUACAAGUAUGGAUGACAACACCGCGUAUCUUUUCAAGGGUGCCGGUAAUGCUGCCAAUACCCUGUACGACGAGGAUGAAGAGAGUGCGGACCUCCUUUCGCAGAUGCAGACCACCAAGACGCUGCUCACGGAAGCUCAGAGGAUAGCUUAUGUCGGGAUCGUGAGGCUUUCAAUUGCAAGUAUAUCUAACGAAAUCGAUACCCUGGAGCGAACGAGGAACACGAAGAAGUUUGUGGACUUCGCAGUCGAAGCAAUCAAGAUGUGGGGCCAGAAGAUCAUGAUCAGAGUGUACAACCACAUGGAAAUUGACGCGCGAGAGCAGAUCAUGGUCGAGCAGCUAGCCGAGCAUGGUGUGCUGCCUUCAGAUCUGACGCCUACACUGAUGCAAAACGCACGAGUCAAGAACCCGCAUGCUCCAUCAGGAAGCAACUCUGAAGCGAACUCGUCCCGACCAUCGUUGGCAUCGCCCCGGCCUUCGACGACCGCAGAGAAGCGGAAGUCGUAUCUAGGUACACCAACAUCGAAGCCAAGCACUCCAGCUCCGCCUUCAGAUCCUUCCACGCCAGCGACAGAAGAGCCGCCUCUUGUGUAUGAGCAGCACACGGCGGACCAGCUUACCAUCCAGGACCCUGACGAGCUCGAAGAUGCCAAGAAUCUGGACAUCGACAUCAGGUGGACCGUGCUCUGUGAUCUCUUCUUACUGCUGAUAGCGGACAGCACGUACGAUUCGAGAUCGCGGACUUUGCUCGAACUCGUGGGCAAAGCAUUGGCAGUGGACUGGCAGGAGAUAUGUCGCUUCGAAAAGCGCGUGACUGACGCACUGGAGAUGCAAGAACAAGCCGAGAAAGAGAACUGGAAUGAAGACGACCAUCUGGAAGCACGAAAGAAAGCCGCGCGAAAUCGAAGAUUGGCUGUAAUGGGCCUGUGUACAGUCGGAGGUGGCCUCGUAAUCGGUCUAAGUGCAGGUCUACUCGCGCCUGUCAUUGGUGCUGGUCUGGCUGCCGGCUUCACUGCUAUCGGUGUCUCUGGUACCGGUACCUUCCUCGGUGGCACAGGUGCAGCAGCAUUGAUUGGAACGACCGGCGCUGCGCUGGGUAGUCGGAUAGGCAUCAAUGCAUCGGCCAGACGUACAGGCGCUGUCAAGACGUACGAGUACAAACCGCUGUUCAACAAUAAGCGCGUCAAUCUCAUCGUGACUGUCGCUGGCUGGAUUACCGGCAAAGUCGAUGAUGUGCGGUUACCAUUCAGUACUGUCGACCCCAUCAUGGGCGAUAUAUACUCGGUCAACUGGGAGCCGGAGAUGCUGCAAAGUACUGGUCAAACUAUCCAGAUUCUUGGCACAGAAGCAUUAACACAGACCAUCCAGCAGGUCUUGGGCGCCACAGUACUGGCAACGUUGAUGGCUGGUCUGUCAACACCACUCAUCUUGAUGAAGCUAUCAUAUCUCAUUGACAAUCCUUGGACGGUAUCUCUGGCCCGAGCGGAUGCCACCGGUCUCAUCUUGGCAGAUUCAAUCAUUGACAGAAAUCUUGGUGUGCGCCCGAUCACGCUCGUCGGCUUCUCACUUGGCGCACGUGUGAUCUUCUCGUGUCUGAAGGAACUGGCCAGGCGUGGUGGACUAGGUCUGGUACAGAACGUUUACAUGUUCGGCUCCCCUGUUGUGGCCAAAAAAGAGGAGUACAUUCGCGCACGAAGUAUUGUCAGUGGACGCUUCGUCAAUGGCUACGCCUCAAAUGAUUGGAUCCUCGGCUAUCUCUUCCGCGCCACGAGCGGUGGUAUCAUGCGCGUGGCUGGUCUGGCCAGUGUCGAUGUACCAGGCGUUGAGAAUAUCGAUGUAACAGCGGAGGUGCCUGGACACAUGGCUUAUCGUGGCAUGAUGCCAAUUCUGCUCGACAAAGUCGGAUGGGCUGUAGAAAGUCUCGAGUUCACGGAGAUCGAGGACCCCGACCCGGAGAACCACGAGAAAAGACAGAGAGAGCUGCUCGAUGAGAUCGAGGAGGCCCGCGCACGGCUCGAAGAACAACCACAGAAGAAAGGCUUCAAGGCUUUCUUUUCCAGAAAGAAGGCGUCGCAGAAGAAGGCUUGGGAGACUUACGAUGAGCGGAGUCAGAAGGUCCUCGAAGGGGAUGACAAGGAAAGCGAGAAGCAUGCCGAGGAGAACGCCAAUGUCAUGUUCGACGUGGACGCCAUCCGGAAAGAAGCGCUCGCAUUGGCAAUCAAGAGUCCUGACGACAUCGAGGAAAUCAAGAAACAUCUCAGCGUGAGAGAGAUCGAGAGCACAUUGCCUACCCUCAAAGUCAACUUGUCGCCGAAGCAAGAGAGUGCACCAACAACCAGCCAUGCCAAUGGCAGCAUGACACCGGAUGGUAAGACCAGACCGGAGCCCAAGCACAGUCAGACGCAUGAUGGAUCUUCUACAUCACUCCCAAACAACUCCUCCAACCGCAGUGUCAGCAUGCCACUACCCAACGGCACAAGCGCCCACAUCCGCGAGCAAGAGCUCAAAUCCCCAGACGAAGAAGUCCAAAUGUCCUUCGAAGAAGACAGACCCAAAGCCACAACCCUAACAGCCCCUACCUUGGGACCCACACCCGAAUUUCAAUCCGCGCGCAACUCCCCCGAACCCUCAAAUCGUCCCCCACUGCGAAGCAUCAACACCACCCCAGUACACUCUGGCAGCAAACUUGGAAGCACGCCUGUAACUCCAGCAAAUAUAGAACCUGACCAUAAUCCUUGGAGCGCGGAUGCUGAUGAUCCGGAGUUUGGAAAGGAGAGGGAGAUUACGAUGGAGUUUUGA